AUGGAUCUGGAGGCCUUCGUUUCGCUUUUGCGGGCGGUGAUUUCGCCAGACCAGGCGCUGCGCAAGGAGGCUGAGCGUCAGAUCAAGGAGGGCAAGGAGAAGCAGCCUGCGGCGCUGAUUUCGCUGAUUCUGCAGACUCUCCAGUCGCACGGAGAAGAUGAAGUCCGCCUUCAGGCCGCAGUCCUCCUGCGCAGCUUCUUCCGGGGCGUCAUCGACAGUGACUCGCACAUCUGGAAUCGCCUCGGCGAGGCGGAGCGUGGACAGGUGAAGCAGAUGCUGCUCCACUGCCUUGAUGCCGAGCAAGACAAGCUCGUCCGCAACAACAUCUGCGACACGAUCAGCGACCUCGCCUCAGAUCUCAUUCCCAUCGACCAGUGGGACAACCUCGGUCAAGUCCUUCUCUCCAUGAUUCAAAGCGGGCAUCUCAUCAAGCAACAGAGCGGCCUGCGCAUCCUCGCUGAAAUCGCCCCGGUCAUGACUGAACAACUCGCAGCCGCCGCCCCUCUCGUGUGCAAAAUCAUCUGCGCAUGCAUGGCUGCAGGACAGCACGUCAACACCAGAGUCGAGGCCUUCGCGCUGUUGGUCUCGCUUGUCGAUGACAUGAACAAGCGCGUGUACAAGAAAUUCGUACCCGACGCAAAGAACCGCGGCGCAGCACCCGAAGUCCCGCCUGUGCAGCUUCUCGUGAUCGACACGCUCGAGGCGGCCUUGAGAGCGGGCAACGACGAUGACUACGCACUCGCAGAGAGGAUGAUGGUUUUGAUCAUUCAGCUCUGCGAAGCCGAGCAAGGCGGCGGCGUCUCACUCCUUCGGCCGCACUUGUCGCAGGUCUGUGACUACCUCCUGGCAGUCUCUCUGGUUGGGCAGGGACACCAGCAGGCGGCGGAGGCCGCGGCUGCUGCGGCGGCUGCGGCGGCGGCUGCUGCAGAGGCCGCUGCGACCGCGUUGGGCUCUGUCGGGAUCGCCCCUGCGACGGGAGCGGUGGACACCAAGGGGCCGUCCGUCGCGGCGACGGCAGCGGCGGCGAAGAAGACCGACGACGAGACGCCAGAGGGGCUGCAGAGCUGCCGGAAGUACGCAGUCGAGGCGCUGAUUUGCUGCGUAGAGCAGAAAAACCAAGUCAUGCUGAAGGUCCCCGAUUUCCUCAACCGCCUCGUGGAGGCACUGCUCAUGUGCAUGCUCGACAUCCGCGAUAGCUCCUACAGCAAAUGGCUUGAGGAGGGCGAGGAGGAAGACGAGCAGCGCUUCUUUGACGUCGGCGAGGAGGGCCUCGACCGCCUUUGCCGCGCGUACAGCUCCGAUGAGGAAAUCGCCGUGGGAGGUCGCACGCAGGCGGCCUCCACGCUGCUGCCGGCGCUGUUCAACUACAUCACGAACUUCCUGCAGCGCGCUGAGUGGGAAUACCGCUUCGUCGCGUUGAUGGCGAUUUCGCAGACAGUCGAAUACGUGCAAGAAGACCAGGACGAGGAGCUCGACUACAUCGCCAAGACCCUCAUGCGCUACUUGAGCGACCCGGACUUCCGCGUGCGCUUCGCCGCUGCGCAGGCCAUAGGCCAAAUGAGUCUCGAUCAGACGCCGUACAUCCAGGAGCAGUUCGCCGCUGAAAUGCUCCCGCUCCUCAUCGCGCGCAUGGACGACGAGGUCCCCCGUGUGCAGGGUCACGCCUGCGCGGCCUUCGUGAACUUUUCGGAGGAAGUCGAGAAGGCCGAAAUGCUCAAGGUGGCCGCGCAGGUCAUGGAGAAGCUCCUCACCAAGAUUCGUGUGGGCACGCCCAAGACUGUGCGUGAGCACGCAGUGACUUGCAUUGCGGUCGUUGCGGGCGUUCUGGAAGAGAGCUUCAUCCCGUACUACUCCGCAGUUGUGCCGUCGCUUCUUGACGUGAUUGCAAACAGCAAUGCCCUCGAGCUGCGUUCUCUUCGCGGGAAAGCGAUCGAGUGCAUCUCCAUCGUCGGCCUAAGCGUCGGCCACGACCGCUUCGCGGAGGAUGGCAAAGUCGCGAUGGAGGCGAUGCUUCAGAUCGCGGAGAGCACUGCGACGUGCGAGGAAUCCAAGUCCAGCAGCUGCUGUGGUCAUACCAAUCAUCACCGAUGCAUGGACGAAGAGGGUGAUGCUGUCAGAGAGUACCUCUGCGAGGCUCUCGGCCGCAUGUGCAGAGCGAUGGGCUCUGACUUCCUCGUCUACUUGCCGCGUAUCCUUCCGCCUCUCCUCUCCGUCCUUACUGUGAAACCCAAGGAAAUGAAGGCUGAGGAAGCCGAAGACGACGAGGACAUGACAUAUGUGAUUUUGGACUCCAACACGUCGCUCGGUCUGAAGACCUCGCUGCUGGAGGAGCAGAGCCGCGCCCUGGACCUGCUGUGCACGAUAACGACAGUCCUCCAAGAUCCGCUGACGUCCCUCGCCUCAGCUUCUGUCUCGUCGACCUCGUUCCUCCAGCCCGCGGCGGAGGCAGUUUUCCCGCUGCUCACGCACAUGCUCUCUGAAGACAUCAAGCAGAAGGCCCUCGAGACGAUGGCCUCGCUGAUUGGCGCCUGCAAGCAGAUCGUCUUCCAGCACGCGCAAGUAGUCGCACUCGCCCAGGCGCAAGGCGACCGAGAGAAGGAAGAAGAAGGCCGCCGCAACGGCGAGACGAUGAAGAAGCUGCUGCGGGCGAUGGCGCUGCGCACGUGCGACGAGGUCUUCAAGUCCCUGCAGGACGAAGACGGGGACGUCGACUCGAUGAUCGCCGAAGCGUCAGGCCUCAACGAGUGCCUCUCCAAGGCUGGUGGCGACAUUUUCGCAGAUGAAGAGGUAUCUCAGCAAGCGUUGCAUGUGUUCAGCGCGCUGGAGAAGUCGUUCGAGCGCCGCAUAGACAUCUCCGCGAGGAAGAACCGCCAAGAUGAAGACGUCGACGAGGAUGACAUGCUGCGACUGGAAGAGGAAGACCAGCAGGAACAGACGCUGCGGUCGUCUUUGUUGGAGAUUGUGGGCACGCUCAUGGCGACCCACCCGAAGGAAUUCCUCCGAAGCAAGGCGAGCGAAGCCGCUGCCGCAUUCGUUCAGCAGUUCCUCAGAGACGACGCUCCAGAUGAGGAUAAGAGCGUCGCGCUUUACGUUUGCGACGACAUCCUUCAGCACCUCAAGGGCGACGGCCUUUCGCUGUGGCCGUUGUUCAUGCCGCGUCUGCUGCAAUGCAUCCUUUGCUCGGACUCACGCGUUCUCCAAGCUGCAGCCUACGGCAUUCAGCAGGGAGCCCUCCUCCAGCAGGCCUUCCAGCCUUUCGUGCAGGAAGCCGCGAAAAAUCUCCUGGUGGCAGUCAACCGCAGCCAAAAAACAAAGAACAAGAUGGAGCAGGCGGCGACAGACAAUGCAGCAGCCGCACUAGGAGAUCUGCUACGGUACUACGGCGGCUCGAUGAGCACAGAGGAGCAGCAUGUGCUUCUCGCCGCGUGGCUCGAAAACCUGCCUCUCAAGCAGGACGAAACUGAGGGUUUGCGCAUGCACAAGUUCCUCAUGGAAGCCAUUCUGCAGAACAACGCCGUGGUUCUGGGGCCGAAUGCGGGCAACCUGCCUCGCCUGCUUCAGAUUCUGUGCAGCGUGUACCGGACGGAUUUCUCUGACGCGGACCUGAACGAAGAAAUCAAAAAGCUGUUCGCGCAGAUCAACCACUCUAACCAGCCGGCUCCCCUUGCUGCUCUCUGCCAGAACUUCUCGACGAAGGAACAGAAGAAGCUGCAGAAGCUGCUGAAGUAA